UUAAGUAUCUAUACUCUUUUGGAUUUAACUAUUGUUUUCUCGAAGUAUAGGUCACUUAAAUCGGGUCUCUUUCUAAUUAAUCAAACUAAUCAAUUGUUAAAAAAAUCAUCAGCCAUCACCUUCACAGUGGAGUCCGCUGACCGUUGAUGAUUCAAAAUCGCGUGCAAAUUUGAUUCUAAAAGCCCCACCAAUCACAUUUCUUCUGUCAAAUGACACUAAUCUUCUGAUUCCACUCUUCCCAACUUUUCAUUUAAAUACCACAUCAUCUUCCUGACUCUCUCCCCUGAGUCUUCAUCACCGAAAAAACCGAUCCAAACUCACAAGGCUGAGACAAAGAAGGAGUUGCUGUAUUGUUUCACAACCAUCAGAAGCUAGCUGAGCUCCGAUUUUUGACCAAUUGAAAUCUAAACAUUUGACUACAUUGGACUUGUGUUAGACCUACUUAUCCUAACAUUCCUGUCACAACUUUUAGAGUACAAAAAAGUGAACAGCAAAGGAGAUGGAAAACAGGGAGAAAGACUACAAAGCUCAUGCUUUGGCUAUUCCAUUUCAAAGUCCGGGCCACAUAAAUCCUAUGCUUCAGUUAUGUAAGAAAUUCAUACGUAAAGGUCUGAAAACCACACUAGCCAUCACCAAAUUCACCUCCAAAGUUAUGUAUACAAAAUCAGACAAAGUCCACAUUGACAUAAUAUCAGAUGGCUAUGAUGAAGGUGGCUUCUUUGUCGCUGACCCUGUCCCAAUCUCCAUGGCUCGCUUUAAAGAAGUUGGCUCACGAUCAAUCAUUGAACUCAUGACGAAGUAUGAAUCCUUAGGGACUCCAAUUGACUUCAUCGUUUAUGAUUCCUUGCUACCUUUUGUGUUUGAAUUCUGUAAAGAAGUUGGUUUACCCGGAGUGGCUUUCUUGACUCAACAAUGUGGUGUUAACUACAUAAUGCACCAGUUUUAUCAUGGAAAGUUGUCUAAUCCGGUGUCUGAGUUUCCAAUCUCGAUUCAAGGAUUGCCGCCAAUUGAAUCUGCAGAUCUUCCUUAUUUUGGUAGUAAUGUACCAUACCAUUUUGCAUUGGUAGCUGCGCAGUUCUCAAAUAUAACUCAGGCAGAUUGUGUCCUUGUCAACACAUACUAUGAGCUGGAAAAGGAGGUGGUGGAUGAAUUUUCCAAACACUGUCCGGUUCUCACAGUAGGACCAACAGUUCCUACUUUCUACCUGGAUAGAGGAGUUGUAGAUGACAAAGAAUAUGGAGUCCUUUCAACACAGAAUGACCCGUCAACAUGUUUAAAUUGGCUAAGUAGCAAACCAACCAGGUCAGUUGUUUAUGCAUCGUUAAGUAGCGUGGGCUUCGCCAGUUUUGACGAAAAGCAAUUACAGGAACUCGCUUUGGCUUUGAAGAACAGCAAUUACUAUUUCUUAUGGUCUGUCAAAUCUUUUGAGGCUGAAAAGUUGCCAAAAAAUUUUAAAGAAGAAACAUUUGAUAGAGGCCUUCUCGUCCAAUGGACUCCGCAAUUGGAAGUACUAUCGAGUGAGGCAGUAGGAUGCAUUCUUUCACAUUGUGGUUGGAAUUCAACACUCGAAGCCCUGAGCCUAGGAAUGCCAAUAGUGGCAAUGCCACAAUUUGCAGAUCAACAGCCAAAUGCUAAGUUUAUCCAGGAUGUUUGGAAGGUGGGGAUUAGAGUGAAGCAUGAUAAGAAUGGACUUGCGACUAAGGAAGAAAUUGGACGAUGCAUUAAGGAAGUAAUGGAAGGAGAAACAGGCAAAGGAAUAAAGGAAAAUGCUACGAAGUUUUCCAAUUUGGCUAAAGCGGCAGUUAGUGAAGGUGGAAGUUCAGAUACAAAUCUCAAUGACUUUGUAAGCAAGAUAACGAGUUCCUCUUGAUCAUCUUGUUCCUGAGAACCUUAUGUUGAUUGUGUUGUUUGUCUAUCUAAUCUUCACUGACUUGUAUUUCGUGAUAUUAAUUACCAACAAAAUUGAAAUAGCUUU